CACGUUUUUCUUUUUCAGGUGAAUUAUAUAUAUGCCAUUGCCAAUGAGUCAUCUCCCAAAGAGAAUCCAUUCACUCCGAAAGCAUCACUGAUGCCUCAUUGGAGCAAUCAGAUCAACACCAAUUCGCCAAUCUCUCCAUUCCUUCUUUCCAGGGCCUCUCCAUUGAGUGCAGUUAGCUCUACUACUUUUGCUCAACUUGCAGCUUAAAACGCUCUCUCCACUCACCUCCCCGCCUUCUCCUCUUCUGCUAAGCGCUUUUGCUUCCAGAAUUCACCGAGUGUUGUCAAACAUGAAAAGAAUUCCAAUUUUGCCGCCUAUCUUAACCAGAAUUUCACCAAUUACGGCACUGGUCAAGUUGGUGGAGUAGGAUCGUUCAACAACUACUCACCUGGCGACAAUUUCGCACGAGAUAACUUUCGAAGAUACAGCCGCAAUGCACAAGAUCGUAAAGAAAAGUUUUCCAGUUAUGCUCCUGAUGCAAACCUUGCGAUGACCACUUUUAACACAUAUGGCACUGGUGCUACUGGAGGUGAAGGAGAGUUCAAGAAGUACAAUGAACGUGUGAAUUUCCAAAAUAUCCGAUUUACGUCUUAUGCUGAUGACAGUAAAGGAAGAGAAUACACAUUCUCAAGUUAUGUGGAGAGUGUUAACCUUGGUGUCGAAUGGUUCAGUAGUUAUGGAAAGAAUAGAGAUGGAGACGCGAACGAGUUUGAUAGAUAUGAUGUGGGCUCGGGUCUAGCUGAUUCUAAUUUCACAAGUUAUGGUGAGAAUGGUCAUGAAGAUACUGACACCUACAAGAAUUAUGGGCUUGACGGGAAUCAGGUACCGAGCUCUUUUCAAAGCUAUUGAGAUGGAGGAAAUGCAGGUAUAGAAAGUUUCAGUGCUUACAGUGAGCUUGCCUUUACUGGUUCAGAGAAGUUUAAAUCUUAUGCCCAGAAUUCAAAGAAAGAGAAUGUCAAGUUUGCCAGUUAUUUUGGCAUCAUUGGAAACAAUUUCACUGGCUACGGGGAGGGAGCCAAAGAGCAGACGGUUGGGUUCAAUACAUAUAGGGACGAGGGAUUAACAAAUUUCAACAAUUACGCUAAAAAGGGGGUUACUUUUGCAAAAUACAAUGUCUCAGCUAACUUGACUGUUGCCAAUAAGUGGGUGGAGCCUGGAAAAUUCUUUCGUGAAUCAAUGUUGAAGGAAGCAGUGAUGCCGAUGCCUGAUUUUAAAGAUAAAAUGCCCAAAAGGUCAUUUCUGUCUCGAUCCAUCACCUCAAAAUUGCCGAUUUCUACAGCUCGAAUAGCUCAGCUGAAGGAAAUAUUCCAUGCGAAUGAAAAUCCUAGCAUGGAGACAAUACUUUUGGAUGCUCUUGCUGGGGAAAGAGCGCCUAGCCGCGGCGAGACCAAGCGUUGUGUAGUCUCAGCAGAGGACUUGAUCGAUUUCGCCACAUCUGUUCUAGGUCGGAAUGCCGUCGUCCGAACAACCCAGAGCAUCAAUGGAGCAAAGAAAGAUAUACUGAUAGGAAGAGUGAAAGGGAUCAAUGGAGGCAGAGUAACCAAGUCAGUAUCUUGUCACCAGAGCUUGUAUCCUCACCUGCUCUACUACUGUCAUUCUGUUCCUAAAGUUCGAGUUUAUGAAGCGGAAAUAUUGGAUGCCAAUAGCAAGGCCAAUAUCAACUGGGGCACUGCCAUAUGCCACUUAGAUACUUCAGCUUGGAGCUCCAACCAUGGUGCUUUCUUGGCUCUGGGUUCGAGUCCAGGUCGGAUUGAAGUCUGCCAUUGGAUAUUUGAGAACGAUAUGACUUGGACAAUUACUGAUGAAGAUGAUUAACUUCCUCAAGACCUUUUUCAGGCCAAAUUUAAUUUUGUUUUUCUCCUAAGCUGUCCGUUAUUGAUUGCUCCAGCAUAAUAUCAUGCAAAGCGUAUGCCAAAAAUUUAAUGUUUAUGGAAAAGGAUUUUCUGUCUUCAUCUAUACUUUUAUUUCUUUGCUAAUUAAAUGGUGAAAGAAGACACGUUGGUCUGCCUUGGAAGUCACCAAACCUUCAUUGCACUGUGAAGGCUCACGCCAAUCUGAUUUCUGAAUGAAUAUGGACGUCAGCUUGUAUUUUGUAAAUUGGCGGGUAGCUUCUCCAGUUGCUUUGGUUUUGAUUUCUUACAAGUAGUAAAAUUCUUGUCUAGUUUUAUUUUGCUUAAAUAUUAUAUUAAUAGAUAUUUAAUAUAUUUAUAUACAGUAAA